AUGCAGGAGUUUUGUCUCUCAGACUGGCUCACCAAGUUCCAAACGGGUGACAAAGAAAGCUUUCCUGCGGUGGAAAAUUCAGCCGUCGAGCUUAACACAGCUAUUGACGUUCUCGCGGUAUCACCAGAGCUUAUAGAUGACAACGAAGAGACGCUAGAGAGUUUGAUCGAUUUGGCACACGGUUUCCGGCACCUCCCGACCCAGCAUAAGAUUCAGUUGACGUAUCUCAUAAGUUCAUCUUUGGGCAAUUACGCGCAAAACGUUGAGUCCAGUUUGCUAGAAGGUGCUAUUAAUUCUGAAGUGGCGAGCAGUGUUCCACAAUGGAAACGACAGCUCGAAGAAUAUGGAUAUUUGGUGCAUGUUCUGCUCUACUUUUUGGAGCAGGAAAUUUCAAGUUCUGCAUCGCAAACAAACGCAGCUAAGGCCAGCGGAAGAAGUCAAAAAGCAUCAGAAGUUAACGCCAAUGCUACCAAAAAGACAUCGGGACAGAUUGAAAAUUUGCUAGAAGGCAUUUUGAAGGUUUUAGGGCUGAACUUGUCGCGCAUUUUCCAAACUACUCCAGAGAGAGAUCUUUUCCUUGGCCUGUUCACCAAACCGAUCUAUGUUCUUAUUGAAACUGAGCAGAUUCUCAAAAUGCCAGCAAUCAAGCUUUUCAUAUUGAAAAUCAUUGGAACAGCUGUCAAAAAUCAUGCGCAAAGCUCAAGCACGCAGAACGCAAUCCUCACUUCUUUGACUUAUUUUGCUCAUCUGAAUACGUUCACAGCUGAGUUGCUUCGCACCAUCAACAACGACUUCGAUUAUCCACAGCUAACCGAAGAUAUACUACGAGAUAUCAGCAACAAAGAGUUCAACAGUAAGGAUGUAAAGGGGCCAAAAACAAUAGCCUUAUUCUUGGUGAAAUUAUCCGAGCUCAUACCACGGAUAGUGCUACGUCAAAUGACUUUAAUCGUCAAACUACUCAAUAAUAGUUCAUUUACAUUAAGGUGUGCUGUUGUGGAAGCUUGUGGUAAUAUAGUUAUCGAAAUUUCGUCCAAACGUGAAGAUUUCGACCUAUACAAACAAUCUGCAGAAGUCCUUAUCGAGCUCUUGGAAGAAAGGUUUACUGACUCGAACCCUUAUGUUAGAACAAAAGCAAUACAGGGCUGUUUGAAGAUAUGUGAUCUACCUGUUAAGCUGAAGAGAAACAGGUCUAACAUGGUCGACCUAGCCGUUCGUUCUCUACAGGAUAGGUCUUCUCUGGUUCGAAGAAACGCUGUUAAGCUUCUCACCAAACUCAUACUAACUCAUCAGUUUGACGCUCUCCAUGGAUCGCAACUGAAACUGUCGCAAUGGCGCAGUCGGUACGAAGAUGCCGAGGCCGUAUAUGCUAAUACGUUGGCAGCAGCCGAAAGCAACACAGCAGGACUAGACGACGCUAUUGAGAGGAGCAUACACCAGGAUGACGAGUCAUCAAAUGAAGGUGAUGAUGUGCGGAUGUCUAGGCUCGAGAGGGAAGCAGAAAGUUUGCCAACCACCAACUCAAACGCUGCAUUCAAAAUGAAAUUAACCAUUCAAUAUUACAAAGAUGCUUUAGCAUUCAUCAAGGGUAUCCACGAAGGUAUUCAGAGAGCAUGUCAGCUUCUGUUGUCUCGAAACAGAAAUGAAGUUCUGGAGGUCAUGGACUUUUUAGUGUUAACGGAUGCUUAUGAAGUUGAGAUUAGCUAUCUUGGCGUUCGCAAGAUGCUACAUCUCGUUUGGAUGAAGGGAACUAACGACGAAGGUACGAGCAUUGUAUCACAUCUCAUAUCUUGCUACAAUCAACUAUUUCUCACACCUCCUGAUGGGUCAAAUUUCCGAGAUAAAGCUGUCUACAUUGCCAAAAACUUGAUUCAUUUGACGGAAAACACGUCUGCUGCAGAUUUGGCUUCUUUAGAAAAGCUUCUGGGUCUCAUUUACGAGGCAGACUAUAUAAAUCAGGACGCUGUAAAUGUUCUUUGGGCUAUCUACAACUCAGGCGCCCAGGAUAGCAGCGCUAGUGAUACUAAACAAAUCCGCGGGGCAGUUAUUGUCCUCAGUAUGCUCUCUCUGGCCGAUAAUAACGUUGCAUUGAAAGGGCUUGAUUCACUGCUUACGAUAGGAUUAGGUGAAGCUGGUAGAAAAGAUAUUGUUCUACUAAAAUAUUCAUGUGUUGCCCUGCAGCGGACUGUCCCAAAAACUGCAAGUACCGUAGCAGGAUCCCUUGUACAGGAAACAGACGCUGUUAAGAAACUACAUGCUAGGAUAAUAGAAUAUGUGGAAGAUCCGGAGUACUAUCCCGCUUGCGAAGAAGCUUUGAAAGCCCUUUUUGUGAUAUCAUCAUCGCCAGACACUGUGGCCACCGAGAUUGUACGAGAAAAAACUAUGAUGACAUUCGGCAGAAAUGAAUUUGAAGAUCAGUCAAGUCAUACGUCCUCCAGGAUAGUGUCCCUGGCUCAGCUUUUGUUCAUUGUUGGCCAUGUUGCUAUCAAUACGACAAUAUAUGUGGAAAAAUGUGAAGCCGAAUUUAAGAAACGCAAGAUCGAAGCUGAGAGUAAGAAUUCUUCGGCAGGUGAUGCUGACAGAGCUGAUCAGGCUGCUGAACGACAACAGGAACUUGAGAUGAUUGGCGGUACUAAUGAAGAUGACUUUGCUGAUGCCGUGAACUUUGUCAAGGAAAACGAGCUUUUAUUUGGGGAAUCCUCCCUGCUGGCAAGGUUUGGUCCCCUGGUGGAGGAGAUUUUAUCGAAUAACGUGAAAUUUGCGGACUGCAUGUUGCAAAGAACGGCGGUCCUAUGCCUUGAGAAGUUUAUGUGCGUAUCGUCGAAGUAUUGCGAAAACAAUCUGCCUCUACUAAUCACCAUUCUGGAAAAGUCUCCCGACCCUAUCAUACGUUCCAAUGUGAUAUUGGGCCUUGGGGACAUGGCAGUGUGCUUCAAUAAUCUUGUUGAUGAAAACACCGAGUUUUUAUAUCGUCAUUUGCACGAUGAUGAUUUAAUGGUUCAAAAGACUUGCUUAAUGACAGUGACGUUUCUAAUUCUUGCUGGUCAAGUCAAGGUCAAAGGGCAGCUAGGACAAAUGGCCAGAUGUCUUGAAAACCCCGACCAAGGUGUAAGUGACAUGUGCAAGCUGUUUUUUACCGAGCUAGCGACUAAAGACAAUGCUAUUUACAAUGGAUUUAUUGACAUAUUCAGUGGCAUGUCGAAUGAUGAGCAUCUCGAGCGAAACUCUUUUAAGAGGAUACUUAAGUUUUUGCUCACUUUCAUCGACAAGGAAAAACAUCAAAAGCAGUUAAGCGAGAAGCUGUUAAUGCGUUUGCAGAGAUCCGAAACACAAAAGCAGUGGGAUGACGUUGCUUUUGUGCUAAACAGUAUUCCUUAUAAAAGUGAAAAGGCUCUCGCUAUUUUAGCAGAUGGUUUCAAGCUUGUAGCGGCUAGAGAAUAA